CUCGACGGGGAGAUCCUCUACUCCAAGAACAAUGUGUGCUUCCACCUUCCUGAGCUGCUGCAGGGCCUCGGCGAGCAUCACCCAGGUGACAGCCCCCCUGACACGCUCUUUGGCUCUGAGGAGGAGCAGGGCAGGCCGGAGUGCCGGGCCGAGCCGGGCGAGGACGAGGGCUCCUUGGAGCUGUCUGCCGACGACGGGAGCAGGGACAGCACCCUGGACUCCGAUUCGGAUGCCUUCUCCUCGCCCUUCUGCCUCUCCCCCAUCAGUGAAGCCCUCGGGAAGAGCAGCAGCUCCGUGUUUCUGGAUAACGACAGCAGGGACACGUGUGACAACCGCCUGACCUGCUCGACCAGCUCUGCCUCCAGCCUGGACACCAGCGCCCCGCUCCCCGAGAGCAACGGGCAGGCGCAGAGCGCCCGCUGGGACGAGCAGCAGAAGGUGUUUGCCCUGGAGCAGAUCUGCGGCGUCUUCCGGGUGGACCUGGGCCACAUGAGGUCCCUGCGCCUGUUCUUCAGCGACGAGGCCUGCACCUGCGGACAGCUGGUCAUUGCGAGCAGGGAGAGUCAGUACAAGAUCUUCCAUUUCCACCACGGGGGCCUGGACAAGCUGUCGGAAGUGUUCCAGCAGUGGAAGUACUGCACGGAGACCCACCUCAAAGAGCAGCAGCUGGUGGCCGAGAGGACGUGCAUGCAGUUCUCCAUCCGCCGCCCCAAGCUGCCGUCCUCGGAGACGCACCCCGAGGAGAACGCGCACAAGCGCCUCGAUGUGACGGCCUGGCUGCACCAUCAUAACUUUUGCUCCUUUUUCCAGGCCAUUUUCUUUGGUGGGAUUGAUAUUUCCAUCCGUGGAGAAGUGUGGCCCUUUCUGCUGCGCUACUACAGCUAUGAGUCCACCUCCGAAGAGAGGGAGGCGCUGAGGAUACAGAAGAGGAAAGAAUACUUCGAUAUCCAGGAGAAAAGACUUUCGAUGACUCCAGAUGAACAGAAGGAUUUCUGGCGUAACGUGCAGUUCACAGUGGACAAAGACGUCGUGAGGACUGACCGCAGCAACCAGUUCUUCCGCGGGGAGGGCAACCCAAACGUGGAAACCAUGAGGAGGAUCUUGCUGAACUAUGCAGUUUUUAACCCAACGAUCGGAUACUCCCAAGGGAUGUCUGACCUGGUUGCCCCAAUCCUGGCCGAGGUCCUAGAUGAGUCGGAUACUUUCUGGUGCUUUGUGGGAUUGAUGCAGAAUACGAUCUUCUUCAGCUCACCCCGGGAUGAGGACAUGGAGAAACAGCUGAUGUACCUGCGGGAGCUGCUGCGGCUCAUGCACCCGCGCUUCUACCAGCACCUGCUUUCCCUGGGAGAGGACGGCCUGCAGAUGCUCUUCUGUCACCGCUGGAUCCUCCUCUGCUUUAAACGUGAAUUUCCAGACGCUGAGGCGUUGCGCAUGUGGGAAGCGUGCUGGGCUCACUAUCAGACUGACUAUUUCCACCUCUUCAUCUGUGUGGCCAUAGUGGUGAUUUAUGGGGACGACGUCAUUGAACAACAACUGGCCACUGACCAGAUGCUGCUGCAUUUUGGCAACCUGGCUAUGCACAUGAAUGGAGAACUUGUACUCAGGAAGGCCAGGAGUCUGCUCUAUCAGUUCCACCUGCUGCCCCGCGUGCCCUGCAGCCUGCACGACCUGUGCAAGCUCUGCGGCACGGGCAUGUGGGACAGCGGCUUCAUCCCGGCCGUCGAGUGCUCCGGCCACCACCCCGCGUCCGAGAGCUGCCCCUACGGGGGGCUGCCAGAAGCGGCGUCUCCGAAAGCAGGAAGCGAAGGCAGGAGAGGCUUGAAAACACGGGACGUCUUUGCUUUCCGGAAAUAGCCGCGGAGGAACAGGGCGUAGCGGCAGGAAGGAUAUGUGCAGCAGAAACAUGCUGAAGGCGAGGAUGGAGGG